AUGGCCGCAGGACGGGGCGUCCCGCUGGUGCUGCUGGCCGUGCUGGCCCUGCAGGGCUCGGGGGCCGUGAAAGUGGGGAACGUGCUGAUCCAGAGUGAAUUCUACCAGCGGGCUGAGACGCUGAAGGAGGAGGGCGGCCAGUUCAUGUUCGAUUUCGACGGGGAUGAGAUCUUCCACGUGGAUCUGCAGAAGUCGGAGACCAUCUGGCGCCUGCCCCUCUUCUCGAAGUUUGCCAGCUUCGAGGCCCAGGGAGCUCUGCAGAACAUUGCCGUGGACAAGCAGAACAUGGAGAUCAUGAUGAAGAGGUCCAACCACUCGCAGGGAACCAUCGCGCCGCCCGAGGUGACGGUGUUCUCCGAGGACCCAGUGGAGCUGGGGGACCCCAACAUCCUCAUCUGCUACGUGGACAAGUUCUGGCCGUCCAUCAUCACCAUCACGUGGCUGAAGAACGGGCAGGAGGUGGUGGAAGGCGUCUCCGAGACCGUUUUCUACCGCCAGGCGGACAACGGCUUCUACAAGUUCUCCUACCUGCCCUUCAUCCCCACGCGGGGCGACUACUACGACUGCCGCGUGGAGCACUGGGGGCUGCCCAACGCACUGCUGACGCACUGGGAGCCCCAGGUGCCCCUGCCCGCCUCCGAGAGCACCGAGACCCUGGUGUGCGCCCUGGGCCUGGCCGUGGGCAUCGUCGGCAUCGUCGUGGGCACCAUCCUCAUCAUCAAGGCCAUGAAGAUGAACAGCGCCCGCAACCAGCGGGGCCUCUUGUGAGGGGGCAGAGGCCAGGCCUCCCUGCCUCCCCCCAGCCGGACCCUGUGCCCCCUCAGCCGCCCCUCGCUUCAGCCCGCCCAGAGCUGCUCGCUCCCGUGCCCCACAUCGGUGCUGCACCUCCCCAGCACUUCCUUCUCCCGCACGUGCCGCAUGCGGACACACCGCAGGCUGCUCCAGAGCCAGACCCGGGGGGGGAUGGGACUGGGCCCCACAACGGGAUGGGGCGAGCAGGGGUAGCCCCCGGGGCUACUCCGAGUUGCCCGCUGUCAGGGGACGUCGCCGCACCGCCUGCGCUGGUCCCAGCAUCCAGCACACACCACGUCUCCUCCUAGCCCGGAUGUGGGGUCUCUCCCGCAGCCUCUGGGGUGAGCGGAGGGGUCUCUUGUCCCCACAGCUCCCCCUUGGCGCCCAGUCCCGUGCCCGCCACUCCCUCCCUGCUGUUUUGACACCGCAAUAAAGUGGGUUGGGGUU